UCUCUCUUUUGACCAUGGGCUGCGUUCACUGUUGGAGUAUUCAUCGAUUGUGUAGUUGCUAGUUCCUGGCAUUGCUGUAAAGUUUAAAGUUUGUAAGCGUUAAAUUGUAGACAAAUUGAAGAACAAAAUCCCCGAAAGUAUCGAGGCAAUAACACGAUUACAGUUCCUUGCUUGUAAACACAAAGUACUGCAGGAGGUCUUUCCCGAAAUGUCCGAGACCGAUUUAUUGUCAACUGACCAAAUCGAUGGUUUUGAUGGACUCGAAAAUGGGCAGGACGGUGAUUCAAUAGCACAGUGCGAUGGUGUAAAGCGUGAAUUUAGUGAAGCCAAUACUGACGACCCAGAAUUGGAGGCCAUUAAAGCACGCGUUAGAGAGAUGGAAGAAGAAGCUGAAAAAUUGAAACAGCUGCAGUCCGAAGUGGAUAAACAAAUGAAUAUGGGCAGUCCUCCCGGUAUAACUAGCCCACUAAAUAUGUCUAUGGAAGACAAAAUGGAAGUGGACAACAGAUCAAUCUAUGUUGGAAAUGUUGAUUAUGGAGCAACAGCAGAAGAACUGGAGCAACAUUUCCAUGGGUGUGGAAGUGUCAACCGAGUAACGAUUUUAUGCAAUAAAUUUGACGGACAUCCCAAAGGGUUCGCCUACAUUGAAUUUGCGGAUCGAGACUCUGUCCAAACAGCGAUGGCCAUGGAUGAGUCUAUGUUUAGAGGACGUCAGAUUAAAGUAAUGCCUAAACGAACAAACAGACCAGGGAUGUCGAUGACUAACAGGGGUCCAAGAGGAGCACGUAGUUAUCGAGGAAUGGCCCGUGGAAUUGGACGCGGUAGUGCCUAUUUUGGAUACAGACCAGCCAGACGACCUCGGAGUUACCGACGUGGUUAUUACAUGCCAUACUGACGGCCCUAGAUAAUCACCUCAUCAUUUUGGUUUAAGGGUAAGUUGAAUUACACAUGUAUAAUAAUUAAAAUUUUAUUUAAUACCAUAAAUGAAAAUAGUUAACGGAGUAAGUAAAUGUUCUUUUUUCUUGAUUGUUAUAUUUUUUUGAAGUUGAAGGUAGACAAUAAAACGAUGCAACGCAUGCCCGCGUAAAUAGUAAAAAUGAUAACAUUUGAUUAUAAAGAAUUUGAUGUGCCAUUGUUUAUCUUCUAGUUUUAUCUCCUGGCACAAAAGAAAAAUGUGCUACUCAAAAACUUUAACAUUUUGUGGUUUUUAAUUAAACCCACAUGUUCCAUCAUAUCACACAGAGAAUCACGUGAUAACAGUAUUUCAAAUAUCGUGAAAGAGUACGGUUUUACCAAUUAAUUUUACCAAAUUGAUGUUUCUUUACUGUAUUUGGUAACUGUUGUACAAAAUGUCUAAAACUGAUAUGAAAAUGUAUAUAUCAUUAUAAAAUAGGAUGGUUAAAAUAUUACAUUGUUUAAACAGAACGUUUUCUUUGUGCCCUUAUAAAAAAUGAUUAUUAAAUGUGGAUAUAUAUAUUUUUUAAAUAUCCGUACAAUGUGGUACAUUAAUUAUCAAGUAUUGUAAAGAACGUCAAUUUCGUAAAUAUUUCAAUAAACUACUAUAUCGCAUCUCCAUCAAUGUGUUCUAGAGUUAAAAAUUUAAUAACAAAUAUAGAUACUGGUUCGUACUUUCUUCGAUUGAUCUCUUUACAUUGCAUUUGUAGAACUGUGGGUUAUGCUGUAUAGAAUAACUGAACUGUAUCAUGCAUUAAAAUUAUUAAUUUUUCGACAGAUUUAUGAACAAAACAAUUAUAUACGCGUUUCAGUGUUCAUGUUGACGUACCUGUAUCUGGAGAUACAAGGUGCACAUGACUUGUGUAAACGCUCUACAGGUCAAAUGUUUAUAUAUUAUAACAUUCAGACACACUUAGUGACCAUUCAUGUCAUUUUUUCUUCUCGGAAACUUACAGUAUUUCUAAUGCCUGGCGAUGACCACUGUAUUAUUAUUGCAAUAUUAUGGCCACUGUAAAAAGCUACGCUUUUUUGCAUGGAUAACUCUUAAGUGAUUAAUGUUUGCACUCAGUUGUGGUAAAAGUAUUAACUUGUUUUAAUUUCUUCAAAUAUUUUACGUGUUGUAGAGUGGCGGAAACCAAUGUAUGAGCAGCAUAGUUGUAUUGACUAUAAGAGAUUAAUUUUUAAGUAUUUUUUCAUACCUGAGUCUAUUUAUUACAUAUCUAUAUGUAUGUCUACAGUUAGUGCGAGUUUCCAUUUGAAAUUUUCAUGAAUUGACGUUUUACUCGAGUGCACUGUUGGUAACAAUUAUUAAGUAUCCUCAGUGGUACUCGUUCAAAACUUUACAGACAAUCAAUUAGAAUGGAAACUAUGACUGAUUAUAGCUGUACUGUUGAAAAAAUACCUGAACAAAUUAUUCAUAGUUUUGAUAAUAAAAUACAGUGCUACUGGUGUUGCUCGACUGACUAGUUAACAAGGGCAAUAAUGUUGUCCAAUUUCACAAUUUUUUAAAUCAGAUUUUUAGAAUUCACCGUUAAACGUAAUAUUAAUGAAAACAAUAUUUAUGAACACGAAUUUUUCGACCCUCCAGGUGUACAUAGCUCUUUAACAAAACUACGAUAUGGUGGUAAUGUAUUUGGCUGCAAAAUUAUUUCUUAGCCUAUACAUUACCUUUGUUGGUAUGUUGAAAGGCUAUCUACCAAUAUUGAUGAUACAAUAGCUUCAACGGUAUAAUAAUUUGUCUUUCUUUCUAAGACGAAUUCCAUAUCGUAUACAUAUGUAUUUUUUUUUUUACCAAAGAGAAUAAAACAAAUGUACCGAUAGUUGUCCAUUAAAGUUUAUAUUGUUAUUUAUUUUUGAAACGUUGACUAAAAGGCAAUGUGUUUUAGUCUAGUCUUCUGCUUAAAUGGGCAAGUACAGGUAUAUUUACAUUAAUCUUCAUAAUCAAAUAAUAACACAAACUUACGUACAAACAAUGUCCUGGGUCAAGAGAAUGCAAAUGACUAUUUAAGUGACACUCAUUUAAACAUUUUUUUACAGAAUACUAUUAAUUGCUGAAUUACGUUUAAAUGUAAUGACACAUUUUAUCUAUAAUUGCUUGGAUCUCUCAAAAUGCAGACAAUUUGAAUAAGCUGACUUUUAUCUAUUGCAACUGACCUUAUAUUGUUUUCACUAACUUAUUGAUACUUAUACGAAUACCUAAUCCAUCUGAUCAAAGGCUUAACAUUAUAAUCUAACUCCGUUUUUCAACCAGAAUUAUCCCUAGCUUGUGCACUUUGAGAGGUCCGUUUUAUUGAAAUACGUUUUUGUAUAGUAAUUGCGUUGUUUUUGUGUAUAUAAUGUGCAAUGAUAUUUAUGGUAAUUCUUAUGAUAUGUCCACAGAAAAAAUCACGAGGGGAAAAAAGAGAAAGAAAAAGCCUCAUGUCAAAAGAAAAAAAAAGAUUGGACAAGAUGGGCACAUUUGACAUUUUGAAUAAUGCAUAAUAAAACAACUUCAAAGUAUUAAUAAGCGACUAUUCACUAUUGUAGUUCAAUUAAUUUGUUAUGUAUUUGGUUUCUUACUCCAGUGGAUUUAAGUGGUAUGUUCAUUCGAGUGUAGAGUUACAUAUUCAAUUCUUACGUUUCUCGUGUUUUUUGAAUUACUUCGGAUAGUAAAACUUUCACUCGUGGAAAAUAUUUAAGAGGGCUGAGAGUACCAUUAUUUAACUUUAUUUAAAGUUACUAUUCUAAAUGCAAUCUCUCUCUUCCUCAAGGAACAUACUAAUUUUUCCAUGGUAUUGCCAGGAUAAUAUAAAAUACAGAAUACCUGGGUAUCACGGAAAUAACUUGAAUUGUUGUAAAUACACUGAAAGUAUGCAUAUUACUUAGCUUCUCCAAUUUGACUAAGUUGACUUCUUUUUUUUUUUUUACAAAUGUGGCCGUUUAAAAUAAGUAACUCGAUUAUUACUCAAUUAGUUUGCGGUCAAUUAUUGGGAGAAUUUUCUUUCAUUUAUCUAGUAGGUAAUUAGGACUUUAUAUGAAAUAGACUUGAGAUUAGUAUGCAAAACUGAAUGCGUAUUAUUAUCCAUUACUAUAACACAAAAUGAUGUACGGGUAAAUAAUUGCAGAACUCGCGAAAUUUGCUCACUCGUGAAUGUAAUGUUCCUGCACUUUGCACUUAUUUUCUGACUGUAUUGCGAAUUAUAACCGAAAUUGAUUGGCAUAGCAACAUAAUUCAUGUUUUACAAAUUUUGAGGCUUACUUAAAGAUUUAUGGUAUGUCCCAUUGAAAAAAUAUAAAAAAGGCAUUUGGUGCCAAAUGAGAAUUGUUAUAGUAAUAUUUACAGUAAUAUAUCUUUACUCGAGUUCUUUCCUACCAUAUUUAUGAAUGUCAAUAUAGAAGAUAAAUGCUGUAUAAAAAAUAAUUAAUGGGGAUAUGUAAUCAUUCUACAUGUUAUACUGCACCAUUGAAAUACUAUCAGGUAAUGUGGGAAAUUAGAAAGUUUAAUUAUUUAAACAUUUCAGAAAUGAGCGGUCCUGUUAUUUCUUACUUUAAACGUUGAAUGUGUGACCCUAGAAUUGAAAAGUUGCUUCAUUGAAUUUCGUGAAAAGUAGACUUAUGUUGUUAUGUCAAUUGGCCACCAUUUAUUUGAGUUAUGUGCUCAUGGUUCAUAACUGUAAUCGUAAUAUAUUAUGAAAGGCUGUGGUUAACUUGAAUUCAAGGAAAGUCGAGAUAGUUAAAAAGAAAGCAAAAAUAUUUUCAUGAAUAUCGAAAUUUUCUCAAGCGACCAGACUCUAUACUCACGUCUUAUCAAAUAAUUCUUCUUAAAUCUGAACAAUGUCUCUUUAAAAAUCGAUUUGAUUAAUUGUUAAUACCUAUGUUCAUUAUUUAAAUAUGCAGUAAAAGUGUUAUAUGUUGAGGAGGAUUUUACAUUAUUUUAAUGUAAUCUACUUAUUUCAUAAUUAUUUAGAUGCCAAGAGAUUCUCGAAUCUACGUGUUUUAUUAAUGUUCAUUAUUCCAUAUUUGAAGCAAAUGUUGAUUCAUAGUGAAAUGUAGAUACAUCUUUGCAGAACUAAUCCAGAUGUAUAAAAAAAUGCAUUUUAAUUAUAAAGAGUAGGUUAACCACAUCCUUUCAUAGCAUGACAUAUGGUGAAGAUACACCUAGGAGGCAAGAAAAUCUUAAUGCGUAAGUUCGAUAGUCCUCGAACAUUUCAAUUGAACUAUAGAAACUUAACGUACCCAAUCAACUGCAGCGUUAUUUUUCUAAGUCAUUUGUACAAAAGUAAAGUUAAAGAAAAAUACAACCAUUCGAUGCGA